AAAAAGUUAAAGAAAGAAAUUGCUAAGCCUGCGAUACCGUACAGUACUUUAAUCGCAUCUCAAUGGUAGGCUCAAAUCUGGAGGAUUCAACAUUUUUGUAGGGCACUCCCGAGCUUCAAAGUUUUCUCAUUGGGUUUUUGCAUCGAUGGAAUUAAAUGGCGAAAAAUCAGAAAAGAUGGUCUCCGAUUCGAAGGGAUCAUCAAAAUUCUCCUUCUCCCUGCCUACAAAAUCUUCUGGUAAGCCCAAGGUGAAGCCAUCGGAAGAUAAAGAAUUUCACGAGGAGGAAGACAGGCCCGAAUUUGUGAACGAAUUCGACCCCGCCAAGCCAAUAAAGAAAGUGAAGGUCGUUCCCAAGCUAGAAAAUUCAUGGCGUCCGGAGAAAAGGAUGAAGAACAUUCAGAUGAAGGAUUCCGAGCUGCAAUUCGAGCCCGAAGCAGAUCUGAAAGAUUCUCACGAUUCCAAUGUAGAGUUUGGCUUGAACCUCAGAACCCAUGUUGCUGUUCCCAUGGAAGUUGAUAAGAAUGGAGAGGAGGGGUUUAAAGGGAUUGAUGAAAACGAGAAAAUCAAUAAUUCGGGUGUUUUAGGGUUUAUGAAUUCUGGCGAGGAGGAAAGAAAGAGAUUGCGGGAAUCUAUUGAUGAGUUACCUGAGGAGGCCUCGCUUGAGGCAUAUUCGAGCUUGCCUGUGGAAGAUUUUGGAGCUGCUCUUUUGAGGGGCAUGGGUUGGUCUGAAGAGAAAGGGAUUGGGCGUGCGAAGGAGCCUGUCAUGCCUAUUGAGUAUGUGAGGAGGGUGGGGAGAGAGGGGCUUGGGGCUACUCCUGCGCCUUCUUUGGAGAAGUCCAAGAAGUUUGUGAAGCCUGGUGAGAGCAGGGAGGGCAGGAGGAGAGACCUUGUUGCUGCACCUGGGCCUGAUGGGAGGAUUAGGAAUGUUGUUAAUGUAGGGGAGAAGCUUGUUGAGAGGCAUCGGAAGGGUGUUGCUGUGGGGAAGAUUAUGUUUAUUGCAGAGGGCAGACAUGUUGGGUUGAGGGGUGAGGUUACUGAAGUUUUGGGGGAGGGUUCUGGUGAUAAACGUGUGGUUAUGAGGCUCUGCAAAAGCGAGGAGAAGGUGGUUGUGGGUGUGGGGGAUGUGGCCGAUGUGGGUUCCGUGGAGGAGGUAGAUUGUCUGAGGAGGCUUAAGGAGGUGAGGGUCGAUGGAAGGGGGACUUCUAGGGAUGGGAGGGCUCAAAAGGGUUAUAAGGAUGAAGAGAACGGAUCAGUUCGGAGCAGAGACAGAGACGGUGUCAGGGACUCUGGCAGUAGGGAUGAGAAACAUGAUAGGAGAGAAGAAGACUAUGGGAGCAGGGAUGAGAAAAAAAUGGAUGAGAUGGGAAGGGGAGAGUGCGAAAGGGAUAACAGAUUCAGGGACGAGAGAAGGGAAUCUAGGAGCCGAGAGCAGGGAAAAUCUGUCAACGAUGACAGCAGGGAUGAGAAGAGGCAUGACAACAGGAGAGAGGACUGGGACAGGCCGAGUAGACAGUCGGACGUGUACAGGGAUAGAGGACAUCAGGGUGAAAAGGGCAAUUGGAAGGGAGAUGGCAGACGGGAUGAAUACCGUGACAGGAAGGAGGAUGCUAGGCGAGAAGAUUAUCGUGAUAGGAAGGAGGAUCCUAUGCAAGACAAAUACCAUAAUAGGAAGGAAAAUUCUAGGCGGCAAAAUUACAAUGACAGGGAGGAGGUAAAAAACAGAAAGGGCGAGGAGGAACGGAGCGAAUCAAGAGAUAUGAGAAAUAGAAAUGACGGAACUGCAAACAUGAAGGAGAAGCAAACCAAUGAAGAUAGGAGGAAGACUGAAUUUGAGAGUAAGGCAAAUGAAAAAAGCAGGUCUGAGAAUGGAAUUCAGGAAAGUGUUUUACCAAUCUCUUGGCUCACAAGUCAAAUAAGGGUUAGAGUAAUUAGCAAAGAUUUUCAGGGAGGAAAGCUCUACUUAAAAAAGGGCAGAGUCAUUGAUGUGGUGGAUCCGACUACAUGUGAUCUGUUGAUGGACGAGAAUGGAGUGGUUGUUCAAGGAGUAAAACAGGAUGAUUUGGAGACUGCUCUACCAAAGAGAGGUGGUCUAGUUAUGGUUGUUGAGGGAAAGCAAAGGGGUGUUGUUGGAAAACUAUUGGAAAGGGAUUCAGAUAAGGGAGUUGGGUUGGUCCGGAAAGAGGACACCUACGAGACACUGACUUUGUCUCUUGAUCAUAUUGCUGAAUUUCUAGGGGAGCCAGAAGAACUUGGUUAUUGAUGAAACGUGUUAGCGCUAUGUAAGAUGACGCUGCAUUUUUAUGACCUUAUUUUCUGAUGUUGCUUAACUUCAUUCAAAGGUCUGUCACGCAUUUAUAUGUUUUCAGCAUCCGUGAAGAUAACAAAGGUUCUAUGAUUCUAUCCUGUUCAGAGAAUGAAGAGUUAUCUUUGUAUAAAUGCAAAUGUUUAAAGAUCUCCAAAACCUCCUUGGUGAUGUGCGGUUCUGGAGAAGCUUGAUGCAAACAUGUCAGCUUGAAGAUUAUCCAUUUAUAUUGAGGGUAUAAAAUUUUGUGCUGUUGAAACUGCAAACAUAGGAAAUGAGGUAAUCCAAAAAAGAAAAAAUGAAAUUUCAGGAGAUGAAAACUAUAAAAAUUAGAUGGUAAUGACAUAUCAUAUUCAUAUUUUGCUGGAGAUAAAUCAGCUGGUUGAGACCAUUGCUGAUUUUAGGUUGGGGAUAGGAAAGACCUUCCUUCUUUGUUUCAGUUGAAUAAAAAACUCCUGUUUAAAGAUUCUGCUUGUUUAAUCCGUUUCUUUGGUAAUCAAGCAUACUCAUGUGAAGGAUUAAAUGGCAGUCUCUUGAAGAGUCCUUAUUAUAAUGUAUUAAUAAAUGGCAAGCAGCAGUUGAAUGCUUUGCUACCAAGUAAUUUCUUGUCUGGAGAUCAAAUUAUACUUACUGAGGAUUAAGUUUCCAAAGUCCAGGAGAUUAUGGAACAAUUUUUUCUAAGCAAUUGUGGAGAAGACUUAAUCAAUGUAUUGAAACGUAUUUCAUGAUCUCCCA